UUCACCACCCGCUAGAAACACACAUGCUCACUAAAGCUCACUUUCACGUGUAUUUGAAUCCGUUUAAUAAUUUUACGAGGAAGUAAAAUGAGGAAUUGCUAUGAUUUAAUAACUCGGUCAUAUUUAUUCCACCCACCGGAUCAGGUUGAUGUUUGGUUCAAAAAUGGCUGGAGAAAAACUGUUAUGAGGAUCGACGGUUUUACCAGGUUUUUACGACAAAAUGAGCGCGUCGUAGCUUGAAGGCGCUUCCUCCACAUAGCUGGGGAUCCAGUUGGUAGCCAGUGAGUCCAGCCUUUCAGAUGAAGAGCCUUCAAUACAGGAGCAUCGCCCCCAAGGCCCCGGCCGUGGUGCCCUCCCCCUCCCCUGCGCUCCUGUCCUGCCAGCCUCCCUCUGCGGUCCCUGAGGCUACCACCGCCUCCAGCCCCAAGUCCAUCAUUAUGCCCACCCAAAACUACGCACUGAUGCAAAUAGCAGGUCAGGAUGGCACGUUCUCUCUGGUGGCGCUGCCCCCUUCUGUGUCCCCUCAGACACCUCAGCAACAACAGCAACACACCCAAAAUAACCUGAAGUUGCCAAUUCCGAGAUACCAGCCAGUGAGGAGCAAGGGGACCACGGAUAAGGUCAAGUCACCACCACCAUCUGCUAGGGUUAAAACGGCCCCCAAGGUUGCUGUGAUGGCACAAGCCAAGUCAGUUGUCAGUGUGACAUCAACAAUGAAAAAAAAACAACAGGAGUGCAAGCACACAAAAGAAACCCUAGUGCCCAAAGAAGAGCCUUCAGAGCAAGUCAUUCUGAUUGACCCAGCGUCCUCUGACAUCUCUGUCACUGCUUUACUCCCGGACAAUGCCGUACUGUACCCAGGUUCCCAGUUGGAGCAAGCACAAGAUGCUUCUGAACGUCCUGCUGCAACCAGUCUCAUUCAGAAUCUCCAGUAUCCCCAAACUGCCUACAAUGGUUCCCCUGGGAAACCCCAGGAGGAGAGUAACACCACACUGAGGCUGUGCCAAUCAAAGUCCGCCGCAGCCCAGUCCCCGAGCAGUAUCACUGUCCUGUCUUCAGCCAUCUUCAGCAAAGCAGUCCAGAUCAUCCCGUCCCCACCGAAAGGUAAACUGCCCAUUAUGCCCUACUCUAAAAUGAAGAGCACCCUUAUCCCAGCUGCCAAGCUCAGCAAUUUAUCCCCAGAGAAAAAGGGUUUCUCUUGCCCGACCGGACUUACCAGUUCCUUAGAAACUUCAUCCGAGACACUUGAGACUGCUGACACCUUGGGUCACAACCAGCUGCCAAAAUCAACUCUUCAGCACCAGGCCAAGGCUACAUUCAUGCCUGUAUUGGAAAACCUCCAGAAACCGCCUGGCAAGAAGAGGGGAAGGAAGAGAAAGACAAUGGAAGACAUUUUGGCAUUUGAGGCAAGAAAGAAGAGGUCGUUGUCUUUCUUCUGUAGACGGGUCCCAGAGAAACCACCAGCAGUUGUUCCAGGCUCCAAACCAAAGGAAGUGGACAUUUCAAAGAAGUACCGCAGCAUCCGGCCCAAGCCAAUUUUGGUUAUGGAGACCGUCUCCCAACUGGUUAAUUUGCCUGCUAUUACCCCAGAUGGCCAGGAACAGGAGCUUGUUCUUGGUCAUCAGCUCUCCACCACGACCACCACCACCAAGCCCCUGGACUGUCCUCCCCAACCAGCCCCCGUAGCCCUCCACUUGAGAGGGGCCUCCCAUCCGCGGGUGUUCAUAGGCAGCCGUCCACUCCAUCGUUGCCCCACCUGCAGUCGCUGUUUUCAAUUCAAGCAUCACCUGCAGAGCCACAUGAACAGCCACACUAACCAGCGGCCCUACGUGUGCCCAGUGUGCCGCAAAGCAUACGCUCACUCCGGCAGCCUGAGCACCCACACCAAGCUUCACCACUCCGAGGUACGCCCCCGCCGCUCCCUGAGCUGCGAGUUCUGUGAGAAAGCGUUUGGAUACGUAGGGGUUUACUUCAGUCAUUUGAGAGAGGUCCACAAGGUGGUUCUGACUGUGGAGCCAUCCAUCAGCCACCACGAGGAUGACCUGUCUUUGGAGGGGGGCAGCUACCCAGAGCCAUCAGAUGACCAAUAUCGCGAAGACCCCGUGGAGCUGCAGAUUAAAUGUGGCCGCUGCCAGGCCAUCACUCCGACUUUUGCAGACAUGAAGAUGCACUUGCUGUAUGUUCAUGGGGAGGAGGUGCAAGUCCCACUACACGAUGACCAAGUGCGGGUUGGCCGCGAGGCUGAGAAUGAGCUGGUGAAGCACGCCGCCCACUACUGGCGACAGCUCAACGAGAAGCGCAACCUGGUCAAGUGCGGCAGCUGCGACGAGGAGUUCAUUUCCUUCUCAAAGCUCAAGAAGCACCUCAUGUCCCACCACCGUGCAAGGGACGGGGUGGACAAUGAGAGCUUCUCAUCUCCAGAUCGGCGUGGAGGCCUUGGCAUCCUUGCAGCUGGCGCAGUCUUUAACUGCGUGCUUUGUAGCGAGAUGUUGGACAGCAAAGAGCGCGUUGUGGAGCACUGGAGGAGUCGCCACCACUGUGAGCAGCCCGACCUUCUGUGGGAGGCAUUGAGCUCCUAUCCUGGUCAGGAGGAGGCAGAGGCGGACGGGGACCUGGACACUCCUGCUCCGAGCCCUCACUAUCCAGCCUAGCCCUCACGUGGCCAUUGAGACCUUUACAAGGACUCCUUCUGACACACACUGAGUCCUAACAAAUGGCAUCACAGGGAAGGAGGGUUUCUGUUAUGUCUUUUAUCACCAGUUGAGACAUUUGGCUUGGUGCUGAAAGAAAAGAAUGUCAAGCCAAUGGUGAAAAAUCAGAUUUUAUAUUUAAUUUUAUUUGUCACGUUUUAUUGAUUGCACUGUUUUGUCUUUGGACGUUUUGUUUGAAAGUAUUUAAUAUUCUGUUGGAUCAUUAUUUUCUACUGCUUAUUGAAACGUGAAAUGGGUCAUUUAAAACCUGGCUGACACAGUAAUACUUUCAACGUGUAAUUUCUCCCAAAUACUCACGGUAUCUAGAAAUGCAGAUAAUGUAGUUUUACAUCAUCCAUGGGUGCCACCCAUGGUAGUGGGUCUUUACACCAACAAAGCCUCCUGUGACCAUGAGUCUCAGUACAAAACCCUGACUCUGAAGUGGUGGAUCGAGUGGCGUCUUGCCAGGCUUGCAGGCUCAUUGCUAACUGACAAUAUAUCUUUUAUCUUGCUGUGCUUUUAGCUCUCUUUGCAGGUAGGGUUGCCAGCCGUCCCGUAUUACCCGGGACAGCUCCAGUCCCGAUUUCCAAUCACAGCCUGCUAAGUCAAUGACGCUGGCGCUGCUCAUUGUGCAAGUCCGGCUGCCGACUGCUAGCACCCCCCCGUCGACCGCUAGCACCCCCCCCCCCCCACCAGGUUCGGUAGUGAGUACUCAUUAAGUGGUAGGUCACUAGGGUAAGUUAGUCAUUCCAGGCUUUAGUGCAAAGCUGCAUUGAGUUCAAUUCACAUGUAUUUUUAAUGUGUAUGGCAGAUUCCCGCCAAUCCCAGUCCUGGCGGGCUGAGUACGUUUUUAAAGGUUCUGCCAAUAUGAACGUUGCAGAUGACAGAUGUUGUCCAGUCAAGGGGCCUAUUCACAUGUCCCGUACCAUACACUACACCAAAGGCACUUCCUGAGGUCGGCAUUACAAGCAAAGACAAAGUGAUGGCGUUCAGUUCCUCAAAGUCUCCUGUACUCCUUCCCCCUUGAAAUCUGGCUCAAUGGGCUCCACUUUGAUCCCAAGUGGCACCAGGGACAGAGCGUCAGCGUGUCCAGUACUCAUUGCCAGACAUUGAGACCUUUGGGCGGAAGCCGAUGUCUGAUUGCUGUGGUUUCCUUGGGAGUAAUCCCUUGAUGCCAAGAGGCUGUGGGGACUGAGGCCUCUUUAUUGGGGCCGGGUACAGUUUGGCAGCGCUGGACCAUCAAGCAAUGGAGCAUGCAUCAGAGAUUUGAGCCCAAUUUACGUCCGCCAGCUCAGAGUAUUGUCGGGCACUGCAGCCUUUGCUAGGUUGGCACCGGCAUGUUCUCAAUUGGGUAGAUAGCACCGCGGCAGUUUAUAAUGUCAUUAUUAUGACGGGCGGAAACAAGUUCAAGCAGCGUCUGCAUGUGUUAUUUCUGACAUUUCCCAUGUCCUGACCCCUAGGGCCAGUCCUCUCCCAAAUGUGCAGAGAAGGGCAAUGGCCUCCCCCGCCAAGGCCACUCUCAAAAAGAAGAGAGAUUCCACCCAGAAGUAGUGGAAUGGAGUUGGAGCACUAAUUGCAAAGAGGAAGUGGACAUCUUUGCCUUAAAGACAUCACUGUAUUUGUUCUGGUAAUUCCAGCAUAAUGUAAAUGACUAGUCCUCUGGUGCAGUAUACCUCACUUAGUUAGACCUUGAUAGCCUGCGUUCUCUACGCUUUCCCCCAAAUUCCACCCAGAAGGUCUUAUGCUUGACAGUCUAACAGGGAGGCCGCAUUCAACUGCAAGAAGACCCCAGUCAGGUUUGUGAAACUGCUUCAUGGGGAGUCAUGGCGCCUCCCAAGGUAACCGAAUCUAUCUCAUCUUGACUAUCGCAUUGAGCAUACAGAUCACCCUCUCUUGUGUUUGUCUAGCCGUUUGAGGCGCUCCCUCUAAUAGGUCUAUGAAAAAAAAAAUUGUAUCUUAAAAAAGGUGGACAGUACAUGUCGGGGUAGCAAAGAGCUGCUUGUAGCCAUCAUUCUGUGUUUCCUGCAGUCAUGGUUUGUUUAGUGGUAUUUCAGUAGGCAGAGCACCAAACAUGUGUGCUACAAAGGAUUGUUUCUAACACAAGAAAACCAAGUGUGCAGUAUUCGGUCCACCAGCUUCACCUGAGAAGGCAAAGGACCCAUCAGAGCAUCUGUGGUUCAGGUGCUCACGGUCUAUGGAGGCCACUUACAAUCGACUUUUGGUUUUGAAUUGGGGUUGUAAGAAAAGUCCACCACUGUCAGGAAAUCGCCUGCACCUGGUACCAGGAGGUGUCCCCAUUCUAAGCAGCUUCAGAUGAUAUCUGUGCUGGUGCCACCUGGCUGUCUUCAUGUAACUUCGGUCACUGACUGGCGGUCUGGAAGAAGCAAGUAGAUUGAGCGUUAGAAACGUAGUGGGAUGGAACAGACUGGAACGCAGAGGCAUUAUGGUUUUGUACUGGUCCUUGAACCCACAUUUUAUCUUCGGGCUGCAUUGUCUGUAUGAGAACCUGACCUGAGCAUAUGUCUAGGUCUAACAGUGAUCCAGAAUUAAUACAACUGUAGAUACUUUUCAUAAAUCUCAUUUAUGUGCACCUUUUUGGAGUGCUCAGAUUUCUGACUCCACCCAAAUGAAAAAUUCCAUUUAAAAGUUUUAAAUGAAAACAUCUCAUUGUAGAAACAGUAUCACUGGAUUAUCCCGAGAAAACUUAUUUUUUAUAAUUCUUUAAGCACAAAAAACAAAAUUCCAUUCACCUCCAUUUCAGGGGCCCUCAGGCAGAAAUCUUAAAGAUCAUCUUACCUCAACUGAAAUUAACAAAUGUCCAUGGCUACAUAGCACGAGGGUUAAGAGAGAAAACGUUUUUUUUCUUUUAUUUGGGUGGUUUGAAUCUUUUUUUAAUAUGCUGUGAAAUGUCAAUCUCAUAACUAGGGCACACCAGCUGACAAUUAAUCAAUUGGCCUUGGAUUGUAACAGUUUAAAACAAAUCCUUCAGUGUGAAUAAUCAUUUCAUGUACUAUUGCUCCUGUUACGGUAGAUCAAUAUUUCAGAAAUGACUUGAACUUGUUGAGGGCAGCAUUAGGGUCCUGUGACUAAUCAGACCCAUGAAGGAACACUUUCCUAACCAGCACCCAAGUGACAUCCUUGUGGCCUUCUGAAAAGAAAUGUGUGCGUAGUGUGGCUUACCGUCAGUAUGGUCAUCUCCAGGCCAAGUUCCAUCUCUGGCCUAUUUGUGUAUUCUGUGAUAUGCCACGGGUUUAUUCAUUCUAGUGAUUGUAGAAGUGAGUAUUUCAUUACGCUUUCUAACCACUGAAAGAGUACUUUUAUUUGAAACCAUCCAAUUGCCUACCUUUUGUUGCCAUGUAUGCACCUGUAGAAUCCCCCGGACUCUAUUAUUGGAGUUAAUAUAAACUGUUGUUUAGUCCAGAAAAUAUGCUAUUUUAUACUCUAGAUUAAUACAGAGAUCUUUGAGUAUAUUUAUGCUUGUUGUUGGUCCUUAAAAACCCAGCAGGGGAAGGCUUUUUUGUCUUGUUUCUUGAUGGGAGGCCAUUACUACAUGGCCAGUACCUCUGCUAACAGUUGUCUGUGUUUACCUUUCAUAUGAAGAAAAAAAAAAAACAUAACAGGGUAAAGUGAAUGUACCUGAAUGUUUUCAAAACCCUACCAAAAGUAUAUGUGUGUAUAUAUAUAUUAGUAUAUAUAUAUAUAUUAGUCUUGUUCCAUAUAGAGAAUAUAUUGAUAUUGACAAAAAGAUACAUAUAUAUGCGUUUACAUAUAUAUAUAUAUAUAUAUAUAUUUACAUGGAGUAACUAGUGAAACAGCUGCUGUGUUCUGUCCUAGUGGAGAAAUAAAACAAGAGAUAAAUAUAUCAUUGCCAACACUGGCAACAAAAGCCAUGUAAAGCUGUCCUUAUGUGUCUGACACAAAGGGCAACGCACUGAUGUGUAAAUGUUGCACUGAGUGGUCUGGAUGUCAAAUGCCAUGUUUGAGUGUCCAUCAGUGAACUGUCCUUUGUUUUCAGGCCUUCAACAUAAACCAGGAAUUUACACAUUGUAGGGGUUAGACUCUUUUCUUCUCAGUUAGAUGACCAUAUAUGACUGUCACCGUUGGCACAAAUUAGAAAGUGAAAAAUCCCACAUUAGGUGGUGUGAUGUGUUUGACUCAAUAUGUUGACUGUGUCCAAAAAAACAAAAAAUGAGCGCUAGUGACGGUCCGUACCUGGGAUAACUCGCUCAAUGAGAAUAAAGGUAUGCUUUGUUGAGGGAAA